AAAAUAAUAUUUGCUGUAUCAAAAAGAAGAACUGAGGUAACGGAUAUGGAUACAGGAGAAUCUGCUUUGACGUACCAAAGUCAGGUAGUGAAGUGUGUAAACAGUGAUAAACAUGUAAAGGAAGUUGAAGCAAAGAAUAAGGUAAAGCAAAUAGGACUUUCAAGUACUUCCAAGUCAAAGAAACAUAUGACAAAAAUGAAAACAAAGGCAGACUCAAAUUAUGAUCCCACGAAAUUGGAGGACAGUCCUACCCAAGUUUUGGAACGUUUUAAGCGUGGUUGUGAAUGUCAAGACGAUCAAUGUUUUAAGGGACUAAAUCCUGAAACAGUGUAUAGACAUAGAUUAAACAUUGCAGAAUUAACGAAAGCUGAACAUGAUAUGUACUUGAUGGGUGUAACAAUGGCAUGUUUAACAAAUCCUUAUGAAACUGCAAGGCAUACGGAAAGACGUAGAUUAAGAGCUCAUUAUGUAUAUCAAGGAAGAAGAGUGUGCUUAGAUGCUUUUUUAUAUUUAGAAAAUUGUACACAUUAUCAAAUAAAAAGAAUUAGAAAGCACUUAAUAACUCAUGGUGUUACUCCAAGAGUUCAUGGCAAUCAUGGAAAAGUUCCACACAAUACAUUUUCUCUGGAUAUUUAUAAGAUAGCUACAGAGUUCUUAAAAAAUUUUAUAGAAUGUCAGGAAGCAAAGCAAAAGACUAAACUUGUUAAGAAUGCUCCGUUACAUCUUCCGCCAGAUAUUACUCGUAAAACUGUUCACGAUUUAUAUACACAGUAUUGUACACAAGUUUCACCUGAUAUUAAAAUCAUGGGAUAUUCUACAUUUAGAAGAUUCAUGAAAGUUCAAUUUCCACAAGUUAAAUUUGCAAAAUUAGAAUUUUUAGUUAGAUCACAACCUACGCAGACUCACAGUAGUAUUAAAGUUGAAACUGAGAAAAAAGAUGUACCUGAGAAACAUUCUGAGUCAGCAGAAAUAUUGACGGAGGAUGGUACAAUAUUACCUGUAGUAAUUGCAAGUGAAGCAGUAGGACAAAAUGGCACUUAUUUUUUAACAUCUGUUAAUAAAACACAGGAUGAUAUUAGUUAUCAAAUAACUACUGACGGUUUAUUAGUAGACAGGACAACAUUACCUAUAGCGGUAACUAAAGUAAAUGCUGUUUAAAAGUAUUGAAAUUAUUGCAAAUUUAAUUCUUUUUGUUUGAAAGAUACAUAUAAGAAAAAUAUACCUGUACAAAAAAUAAUUUUAUCCUUACACAUUAGAAUAUGUAAAUACCAUGAUAAAUUUAUUGCAUGUAAAAUAUUUUUAAUUUGUAAAAAAGAAAUGUGCAUGAUAGUAAUGGAAAUCAUUGAAUAACAAUUAUGUAAAAUGGUGAGUUUUCAUUGACUAGGCUAUUUUGUUUUUGAUUAUUAAUAAUUAGGAAUGAUUUUUUGUGGAAAAUGCAAAGUUUUGUAUAAUUACUAUAUA